CUAUUGUCAUAACUGUCGUACAAUCCAACAUGUCAGUCGGGAAAAAUUGUUGCCUGACCUCUCGUUUGUAUUCUGUUUCAGUGUUGUUUUCCGGUUGUUUAGAAAGUUGGUGUACCGUGUAACUUGAGAACAGCUGGAAGAUGACAUGUUGUUUAUGACAUUGAAAUGUAAACAAAUCACCUGAGCAGCAAUGUGCGAAGUACCUGCUGAAAGUAUGUAGACUGCGUGAAGGCAUACAUCCGCAACAACAAUCCAAACGAUACACCGAUGACCAAAGGAACUGCAUUUGUUUCUAUUCGAGUGAAAAUAUAGCUUCCUUCAUAUUAAUGCAACAUUGUAGUGAAAUUCAAAAUGCGUGUCACGUGGAAAACGGUUAUGUUUUUCGUCUUGCUUCUUUCGUAUCUGGAAGCUAGUGAUUGGCCCACGGAAGAAGCGAGCAAUUCUAUUCUUACUUCCGGGUACAAAGAGUACGAGUACGAGCUGACACAAGCGCACAAUUUAUACCGCCAAGAUGUUCUCCAAAAGGCGUGCCAGUACAAUAAUACGGAUGAUAUUAUGGAACGGUUGGAACAACUGAGGCAAAUUCCCACCGACCAUUUGCUAAUCGAUCGUGACCAUAAGUUUCUGUAUUGCUACGUUCCAAAGGUCGCUUGCACCAACUGGAAGCGUGUAAUGAUGAUAUUGAUAAACAAAUGGAACGGUACGGAUCCAUUAGAAAUUCCUGCUGAUGUGGCACAUUCGUCCGGCAUGUUUGAAACGUUCCAAUCAUUGAGCGAUAAGGAACAAUUGGCUGUGCUAUCAGAUUAUAAUCGAUUUGUCUUGGUGCGCCACCCGUUCGAAAGACUUUUGUCAGCCUUUCGCAACAAGUUGGAGGGAAACACUAAAAGUGCCAAAUACUUCCAGGCACGCAUUGGAAGAACAAUUAUUAAAUCGUUUCGGCUACAUGCUACAAACGAAUCACUCACGUAUGCGGACGAUGUAACGUUUAACGAAUUCAUACAGUACUUAUUAACGCCGGAGUUGAGCAAAAGUGCCAAUUUGUCAUUCAAUGAACACUGGGAACCGAUUUCGCAUCUCUGCCACCCAUGCUUAAUCCACUACAAUGUCAUAGGCAAAUAUGAAACGUUGACGGAUGAUUCCUCUCUAGCACUCCAUCUUGCCGGAGCAGAUAGUUUGAGCUUUCCGAUGGUGUACAAAUCUUCUAGUACACGGGAACGCUUGAUGCACUAUUUCAACGACAUUCCUUCGGAGACCCUGAGACGGUUGUAUUUAGUCUAUGAGGAAGAUUUUAAAAAUUUUGAUUAUAACUUAGAAGAAAUUUUCGGUUACGAACUCGUUUGAGCGAAACGACAGUAUCUAGAAUUACUUACAUGUUGGCUCUCGUAUUUUAGUACUAAUUUUUCCAAGGGAUGCUGGUGUACUUACUGACAAACAAACAGGGAUGUAAUGGUCGUUACGGUAUUAAGGUGGCAGGACAAUACAUGUGAUAUUAACAUUAAAUGUUAGGACUUUGUUGGCAAUAAUUCAAAAUGCAAUAAACAUUCUUAUUGAUAUUCUUGCAAUAAUCAACAAAA